AAAAAAAAAAAAUACAAACCUCUAAAACAAUAAAGUGACCAAAUAAAGUGUAAAAGUCCAAUCGAAAUUGGACAAGUGAUAUAGUUGCAAUAAGCAACCAACAAAAUAAAAGUGAAAUGAAAGUGUAAAACGACACAAAAAAAAAAAAAAAAAAAGAAGUAAUAGAACAAAUAAAAGUGGGAAAAAGUGCAUAUGUUUAUACAAACAAAAAUAUAUAUAUAUAUCUACAUAUAUUACAAGAAAUUGCAUACGUGACCAAAUUUAACUAAUUACAACAAACGGCAAGAAACAAACAAAAACAAAACUAACUAUAAAGCACAAACUCGGGCGCGGGCGCGGUACAAAAAAAAAAAAAACAACUUAACAAACACAAAACUAAUACAAAAACAAAAUAAUACAUAAGGAGAACACAGGAGUCUGCAAACAACGAGGGAGGAAAACACCAUUUAACAAGGACAGCGCUGGACAAAAAACAAGAAAAGAGCAUAAGCAACAAUAACUAUAUGUAUAUACAAGCCCAAAAACCCUUGGCGGAAGAAAAGUGAAAAUGGAUGUAGACGAGAGCCAGAACACCAUCAAGACAGUGAGGUCCGAGAUCGUGACACCCGUCCCAGCGCCGAGGACGCAAAGGGUUAUGGGACCAUCAUCCGCCGCAGCAGCGAGGGAUAGAGGUGAAGAACAGCCGAUUGAGGAUCAGGGGCCUCCACGCUGCAGUCUGUGCCAUCGCCCACACGCUCUUAAGAGAUGCCCCAUUUUCCAGAGCAUGAAGCCAGCACAACGCCGCCAGAUCGCAAGAGCUCAUGGGCAUUGUAUGACCUGCUUGGCAGACGACCAUGCCACCAACGACUGCUGGGCCGACAGUAUGUGCCAAUACUGCCACCGACCACAUCAUACGAUGUUCCACAGGUUUCCCAAACGAGCCGAUACAGAAAAUACAACUCGUAUUCGUCGCAGACCACAACGCGAUCUGGCCCAACGCAGAGGAGAGAAUCACAACGAAUACGUACAAACCACACGUUCGCGACCACGUUUGCGUCCACAGUUGCGAAUCCCUCCGCCACGUCGAACUCAUCAGUAUAAGCAACGACGCUCAACGGGAUUGAGGGCAGUAGUUAACACGUUACAACAGCUUCAGCGGCUUCUAGGCGAUUAAUCCGCCUAGGGGGGCCGGGAUGUUCACAUGACACAGCACCUUGUGACAUCACCCGCACAUCACAUCACACACCACGCCAUCAACACUCAGCACACACACAACACAGCGUAACAAACCACUCAGCACACACACAACCCAGCAUAACAAACCACUCAGCAUGCAACACAACAACCACACAAUCACCAACGUUCAUCUCAUUUAUUCAGCAAACAAGUUUACAAAAGGGAUAGCCCACAACGGGAUCGUCCUUCUUUUCGUUUUCGCCAGCGCCCUUAGUGGUUCGACCGAUAAACCCGAUCAACGUGAGAAAUAGCCGUCCGCGACCGUGGUUUCGUGUGUGUGUGCAACGUCAAAGUGAAUUUUUUAACCUUUUUCUUAACUGAAUUAAACAAAAUUAUUAUUGUGAGAAAUAGAAUUUAAAAUUAAAAUUAAAAUUAUAACGAUAUUGGAAUCAGUGCGUUUUCUUUCCCCCUUUCACAGUGCGUUCAGUGUCCUCUACAUUUACGUAAGUAUCU